GCUGCUUUAAUGAAAGCCAGGAAAGAACACAUUACACAGUGUUUCUUCUGCGAGCCAGCGAGCCUCCAGUGAUUGAAAUCAAUAAAAACAGUCGGCAAGGGGCCCAGUGGGGGAAGAGAGAAAUCUCCGCUCCGGCAUUCAGUUUGCUUUCCACUUUCUCCCUUCUUCUUCUCCUCCUCCUCCUCCUCCUCCUUCCCCCCUGAAGUUAAACUCUGAAGAUCCCCAGGACGAGCGACUUCGCUCCCGGCGCUGGGAAGAGGCUGGUGGGGAUUUAAAGGCAGCAAGAGCUUCCCCCCCCAUUUCACCUCCCCGCUCCCCCGGCGCGGAGGGAACCCACGGCUUCUUUGGAAUUUGAGUCCCGCCUGGAAAAAAAAUAAAAACACACAACUCCAUCGGACAAGUGCAUCGUUUGGCGUUUGGGGAAAGGGAUGGAUUUGACGGUGGGAGAAUGCUGAGAGGUGAGAGGGGGAAGGAAGAGCCGGGCUCGGGUUCAGCCGGAGCGAGGAUGUCCCCCACAGCGGAGGGGACCUGGGGAGCUGCGGGCAGGACGGGGAGCGAGCGCUUGGGAUCGGCACGAUCCGCCUCCUAAAGCUGCCGAAACCUUCGGGGAGACGUGACCGCCCCAGUGGCUCGAGCUCAGACGGACCUUCUCCUGGGCGGCACCUCAGAACAGCUGGUAACCAGCAGAGAAGAACCAACAGCUGAAAUCACUAUGUGGAGCUGUGAAACCUUGAACAGCAGCACGGAGAACAGCGAGGAGCAGCGUCUCUGCCAUGACUUCCACCUCGUGCUCUCCAUCUUCUCCCUCCUCUACCUCAUUAUUUGUUUCCCGGUUGGGCUGUGCUACAACGGCUUGUUGGUCCUGGUGAACCUCUACAACAAAGCCACCAUGACCAUGCCAGAUGUUUACUUCGUCAACAUGGCCAUCGCGGGGCUCAUCAUCAACGCCCUGGCCCCAGUGUACCUCCUAGGCCUCGCCAACACCAAGUGGGCCAUCUGGAACUCUAACAACGAAGUUUAUAUCACUUUGCUGAUUUUAUUCAACGUCUCCUCGCUGGUUACCAUGUACUCUACCACCUUGCUCAGCCUGGACUACUACAUAGAGCGUGCUCUGCCCAGGACUUACAUGUCGAGCGUGUACAACACCAAGCACGUCUGCGGGUUCAUCUGGGGGGGUGCCAUGCUCACCAGUUUCUCAUCUCUCCUCUUCUACGUCUGCAACCACGUGUCCACCAAAAUCAUCGAGUGCUCCAAGAUGCAGAACAAGGAGGCAGCGGAUGCCAUUAUGGUCUUUAUCGGGUACGUGGUCCCAGCCAUCGCUGUACUUUAUGCACUUACGUUAAUUUUGCGGAUACGCAAAGAGGCGACGCCACUGGAUCAAGACACGGGACGAUUGGAUCCGUCGGUGCACAGGCUUCUGAUCGCCACGGUCUGUACACAGUUCACCCUGUGGACACCCUACUACGUUAUUCUCCUGGUGAGCACGUUUACUAACGCGCAGGGAAGGAUUGCAGACGAGAAUUACAGGCGAAUAUUACAUUUUACCAAGAUUUUGUCCAAAUUCUUGGCUUUCUCGAGCAGCUUCGUAAUGCCCCUGCUCUACAGAUACAUCAACAAAAACUUUCCCAACAAAUUGCGACGUUUGCUUAAAAAGAUACACUGUGGGAAUCAGGGGUGCUCUCACGAACGCACGGUCGUACAGCAAGUGAUGACGUAGGGGUGGACCCCCCUGGGGUGCCCUGUCCCCGCAGAACGGGGACGGUGACCGUGCUGGGACGGGGACGGUGCGGCGCUGGCACCCGGAGGCGUUACUGGGAGUCCCAACCCAGGGGCUGGAACGAGCUUUCCAUGACAGUGACAUCAAACGGUCUUAAUUUCCGACUAGUUAAUUACUGAGAUCUCGUGAGCCUCCAGCUCCGCGCUGCCGUACCUGUGACACCCAGUACUUCCACUGCACUGAACUGGUUUUAGAGCAUAAACUCUGCCUUCGUCAUGCCAAUAUUCCUGCCUGAAGAAAUCACUAAGGGGUUUAUUGGAGCCUUGGCUGAAGACACAGCACCUUGUAUCUUGUAUAGAAAAAGGUAUUGCCUUAUUUUCUGUACAGGGAAGUAACAGUGCUAUCCUUGAUGAAGAAAAUAGUAUUUUUCAAUGAAGACGAUAUAGAUGAUCUUUACUAGAGAUCAUAUUAUCCGAUUAUACAUGUCUGAGUAGUAAGUGUUAAUUAUAAAUUAAAUUAUUUAAUUUCUUUCUCCAUCACUGAGUCCCCCUCUAAAAGAAGUCUAAUUUACCGUUUUCUGAAAUUAUUUUCUCGCACAAACUAACCUAAGUUUUAAUGUUUAUGGUAAAGUGAUUAUUUUUUUUUCUAGAUAUAACAAUUAACAAAAAAUGUGUUUUAUUUUUCCAGUGCUUUGUUUGCAUCCUAAAACAUUUCAAGAAUUCAGAAAUAUUUAUUAACUAAUUCUAAGGGAUUCUCUGAGAGAUGUUUGUUCCGCGUAUUAAAAUGAAGGACACAGUGGUUUACAAAGUUAAAUCAAAAUUUAACUAGUAAAGAAUGUCUGGCUAAGUGUUAUGGUCCACAUAUGUUCAUGUAACAAGAGUAAUUAUCUUAAAAAUAAAUAUGUUUAUGAUUAACAUUUUGUAUUUUCAAGAGAGAUGUUUGCAACAAAUGAAUUAAAGUCUCUUUAAUCUAGGGCAUCACUGGAGGUUUGGAAACCAUACAAAAUCCUGCAAUACGUGUAAAAUUUUAAACGGGGAAUAAUAUACAGGCACCCCAGGCUUUGUGCCUCCCAAUGGGAUCUUGAAUACACGACAAAAUUAUAGUUUCUGGAUUUUGCAGUGGGGAUGAACAAAUCCAACCUGUUUUUGCCAAAUUUUACUGAGUAUAUGAAAUCCGUAAGAUUUUGUGCUGCAGGAAGCAAAUCACCUCUAACAGCAAAUUAGGGAACACCGACCCAAAACCUGCCUGUUCCUGGGCUGCUGCUGCGUUAUUCCUGUCAGAGAGGAGAGAAGUUAAACUGAGACUCUCCCACGGGUCUGGGGGUGGCAAGACACCUUCACCCCCCCCCCGCACCACGGCAGAAUCAGUUAAUUGCUUUCUCUGUCACAAUACAACUCCAAUUCCACAGCACUAUUUAAAAAAUGUGGCUUUUCCAGCCUCUAGUAUAGAAAAAACCAAGGAGCAAAACCAGAAUAGAACCUUUCCCAUCACUUACAGCACAAUCUCAUCUCAUAAUUGGUCUUAAUUUGACAGCGUGGAGGCAGCUCAAGUUCUAAGUGGGAAGCGGGUGGGGAAGAGCCUUUUUAGAUCUUUUCCCUUCUCUGAGACAUUAUUCAAGUCAUUUCAUCUCAGCCAUCUCCCCUUUUUCUUCGUCAUAUACAAGCACCUCUAAGUUACCAACAUCCUGGUGGAAGACUCCCUGUUAAUCUUUACUAUUUUAAUAGCUUUCCAUAUUUCAUUGAAUUUUUUAACCCUUAAACCCCUAUAGAGUAAAUCUUCUACGGCCUUUUCUGCACCCGAAAACUAUAUCAAUUUAUUUCAUCGUUUUAGCCUGUUGAUGAAAACCAUGUUAAGAAAUUAAGCUUUUCUUUAUCACUGUGCCCGAUUCACCCACUAAUUUACAGUGCCUCUGUGCUGACACGAUACCGGCUGCUUUGGUAACCAGGGGGUUGGUUGCUUGGGUUUUUUCCCCUUUAACUUGAGAGGUUUUCUAUUAAUUUCUACACUUUUGGAGCGUUCAAGCUCCCUUCCACACAGAAGCUCUUAAGACGGGAAUCUUUCCUUACAACUGGCAACCGACCAGGCUCCUCUUCCCAUCCCGGCAAAAUGAGGUUUCCUAAUGCACCACAUUAAAUCUCUCAGGUAAAAAUCUGUUAAAGAAAUUCCGCCCCAUUAUGCAGGAAAAAAUUCCAGCAGGGAGGAACUGGCUUAUCUGGUGGGAAUGGAGGCUCCCAGGGCUGGGCCUCUGCCAGAACAGUGGGGCUGCAGAGCAGCAGGAACCGUGAUUUUAACUUCAUCUUUGCUGCUUCACUUCUCCUUCUCCCAAGGAAUCUGACUUUCUGUCUCCAACAGGACAGUCCCAUUUAGUUCUGUUCCUUUCUCUCCAUGGUAAAUUCCUUAGUUCAGACCACGGCUCUUUUAUCAUUUAUCUUUUUCUCUUGGCUUUUUGCCUUCUCUGUGCUAUUUAUUUAAUUUUUAUUUUUCUCCUCUGGUUCUAUCCAGGGUACCACUUGGUACCAUUCCCCACUCACCUUCACUUCAUUAGACUGAUUCCUUCACAACGACCCAACCCUUAUUCAACCAUUUAACAUUACAAAUGGAUUUCUGUAGUAAAAUACAAGCUGCUAUUUAAAAGGUGGAGAAAGAACAAGUUUUUGUAUAAUUUACCCUCAAUUUUCAUUUUUCCCGAUAUUUUUUAUUGCAGCAGAGUUAAGUAUGUUGGUGUCUAUCCUUGAUAAUAUACUGAACGUGAUGACAAUCAUGGAGAAAAAGAACUCUCAUAAUUUAAUGAAUAAGACUGACAUCUGCUCAACUUUUUUUAAGAGUUAAUUCAAUAUAUUAUUUGCCUCAAAGAAAGUGUGCCACGGAGCUGCCCAACUCCUGUUCUCUUAAGGACAUUCUGAACUUAAUUGCAGCACCCUCACAUGGUGCCUCUUAAAAAACAGUAUCCCAAAAAGCAAGAACUUUGCAAUAUUUAUAUUUUUUUUAAAGUAGAUGAGCAAGUGCAGUAAAAUACUUAAAGAAGGAGAAAUCUUUAAAAUACAAAGUUCUCAAGAAUGAGCCUUUCCAUUUCACGUACCUGAAGGUUUCUGAUGACUGUAAAUAGGGGCUUAUCUAUUUCACAUUUAAAUAAAUAUGAAUAAAAUACUGUAUAUAUGCAAGAUAAAAAUCAGCCUACUGAUGUAAAAAAGAAUUUGCAAAGAAUUUAUUAAAUUAUUUCUCAAAGUGUAUGGUUUAAAUGUAAACCUUGGAACAGUAAGGUGUACUGUAUGUUUCUGUAUGUAUAUACUGUAUUCUAGAGAGUUAGCACUCAUUAAGUGCCAUUAUUAACAGUGUUAUUUUCUCAAAAAAUUAAAUUUAAUAUUUGAGUUGCUCUGUGGCUUAUAGCCCUCUUGCUGAACCACCAAUUAAGGCAAAUCAAUGAACUAAUAAAAAAUGUUGUGCUCUG